UUUUCGAAUGAUUUCGGUGACGUGUAAUUCAUUUCGAGAUCGUAGUGGAGCGCGUGGUACGAAUGUACUGUUUGUUAUGUUUUUAUAAACGUCUAUUUAGAUGUGAGGAUUUCGUCAUGUAACAAGAACCUAUAAAGCAUCGGACUAGCAUCAACUUUACUGUAAUCAGGAUGUGUCUACCUUAUGCUGUAGCCUUGUCGCGUUGAAGUCAUUAAUCGCAUCAUGGCAGCUGUGCCAGGUACAGUGGGGUGGCCGCUGUUGGGAGACAAAUCGUAUUCAUUUUACAAGAACCCUGUCGCAUUUCUUUACAAAUGUAUAGACCACCAUAACUCACGUGUUUUCGCAGCUCGAUUCCUCAACAAGCCAACAGUAUUUGUUUGUUCUAACAAGGGCGUGCAUGAUGUGCUACAGAUAGGUGUGGUAAUUUUGAACAUGGAUACAGGACAUUCAUGGAGCAGAUUUUUGGUGAUAAUAUUUUAUUUGCAGAUGAUGACAAAGCACACAUGUUCCGGGAUGCUCUAGGACAUCUCUUUACUCCAGAUGCUGUAUAUUCCUGUGAAGAGGACAUUAAGAGAAUUGUGCAGUAUCAUGUGGCCACACUUGAUGCUAAUCUUCCUUUGUGCGUUUACACAUUCUUCAAGGAAGUGGUAACAGAGAUCUGUCUUUCAUUGUUCCUGGGACUUGAUUUUCAUAAAUCUUUGGAGGAAACAAAAAAUGUGCUAACUUUGACUACAGCACAUUGGCAUGGAAUCACUUCUGUACCUCUUCAGUUCAAAGUGCCUGGAACAAGCCAUGCGUCCACCUACAGUCAUGCACUGGAGGCUAAGGAGAAACUGCUGAAGAUAAUUCAGGCCCAGCGCCACAGUACUUCGCAAAGAUUCUUGAAACAAUUUGAAGAGGUGGCCUCAUAUGACCAGGAUAUGUUUGUCAAUAACCACCUACUACUUUUUUCAUCAGCUCUUGUUCCUAAGGCCAUAGCCUCUCUUCUCACUUCUUUUGCCAUUGAAUUGGGUACUGCAGAUCAUAUAUCCCUUCAGAGUGAACUGAAAUUGAAACCAGAUCUUAAAUCAAGCAUUUUCCAGGAAGUCCUUCGCCUCUAUCCACCUUUUCUUGGAGGGCGUCGAAUAGCUAGAAAGGAUGUAGUGGUGGAUGGAUACAGAAUUCCUCAGGGCCAUGCUGUUGUGUACAUAACCUACACAGCACACAGAGAUGCACAGGUCUUCCAAGAGCCUGAGACUUUUCACCCUGAACGGUGGCUAGGAAGCAGGUCUGAUUGUGAUAAACACCUGUUUAAUUUUGGUUUGGGUCCAAGAAAAUGUCUUGGACAGGAACUGGUCUGGAAAAUUGUUGAUGUAGUGGUGAGUGAACUCAUGGCUGUGUACCAGUGGCGGUUAGUGGAUGGCCAGGACACUACGCACAAGUAUCUGCCUGUAUCUCGGCCCAGAAAUUCUGUUGUGGUAACGCUGCACAAACUGCAGUUUUAACAGCCUAGUGGAGCCUUGAGGAUAAUAAACGAAAGGCAGAUAUAAUUUAGAAAUUCUCAUGUAAUAUAUAGUCACUUGCUUCAAGUGUCAAGGAGUUAUUCAAGAGAUUUUUUAUAAGCCAGAUGUUUUUGUGCUUUUGUCUGGUUCAAGCACUGCUUAAAAUUUUAGUUCUGUUGUCAUUCAUGUUAGUGCAUAAAAAGUUGCCUCAGGGUGUAAAUCUCAAGAAGUUAACUUUUUUAUUCAUUUUAUGAUCAAAAUAUAUUUUAUAGAAAGGUUUUGCACAAGCGUAAAUUCUUAACCAUUCCAGAACAAUAGAAGCUUAAGAAGUGUUUCACCAUUUACAUCAUCUGUAGACUGUGAUGAUCGAUCUUUGAUACCACAGAAUUCUUUCAAGGUUUUGACUGGGAAAAAAUCCAUGUGCUUUUACAAUAGCAGAUGAAAUGUGACUGUGUGGCAAAUAUUUUUUGUGCCUGUCGUGUAAACUUUUGUUGAGCACAGUUGAAUUGCAUGUCUGAUUAAGAAAAUCCUUUAAGUUGAAAAGGGUCAUAUAAAUUAUUGGAUUAUCGUUUGAACAUUUCAGUUGGAAAGAGCUGUUAACAUUUGUGUUUCCACCUUUUUGAUUCAUUAAUCUAGCUUAUUGUGAAUGUUUGCUGUUUUAUGCAGUUACAAAUGAUGUGUGACUGUCUACAGGGAUCUAUACCAAUGAAUUUCAUGUACAGAGAAAUAUUUUGUAAGCACUUGCUUUUCUGUCCUUAUGGAUUUAUUAAUGUAGCAUUGUGAAUGUCCGCUUGGUGCUGUUUGCAUUUACAAUUGACGUGUUACUCUCUCCAGUAGUCUGUCCAGAUGAAUUACAGAGAAAUAUGUCAGAGCUUUUAAGCGUUGUCUUUCAUCUUUAUAAAAUCUCAUCACAGAUUUUUUUUAUUUUUGGAGGUUUAUAUUCUAACUCCCAGUUCUUCCUUUUCUCAUGGUUUUCUGGAGCUAGCUAAUUGUAGUCACUAAACGCCAACUCUCAUAUGGAAAGAUUUAUUUUCUUAUCUUUGUGUAAUGUAUUCGUCCUCAUCUUCCCAACCCUUAGGUUCUUCCCAACCCUUAGGUUCUCAUGACAUAGCUAUAUGUUUAUUUUCUUCUUUUUUGUGUUUCUAUACUAUUGCUGAUCUGUAUGCUGUUUAUCAGGUGGGGCUUCUUACCUAAUGCUGAAACCCAUACAAUGAAUGUAAUGUCAAUGCAUUUAGAUCAGUUUUGAUUUCUUUAAUUAGUGAUUGGAUCAGCAUACUUCUUUUGAAAGGACUAAUGUGUUGAUGCUUGUGUGAUUGUCAGCAUAGCUGAAAUAUGUAUUCAUUUUUUUUAAAGUGGGUAAAAAAUGAGCUAGUAAGGUGCUUUUGUUUUCAGAUACUGAUUACUUAGAACUUUUUGCAAUGUCCGGAUGUAUUCUUGGGAACAAAAUUUAAUCAUAAUUUUUGUUGCUAUUGAAAUGAAAUGGAAACAUCAUGAAAAAACUAUUUAUAUAUAUAUAUUGAUACACAUACACAUGCAUAUGUUUUUUAUUGAUGAUUGAAGCUGAGAAAGCACAUUUACUUACAGUCAUGCUGAAGAAUGUUUCUGCAACUUUCCUCCACAAAAGCCCAUUUAGUGUGAUAAUAAAGUCUUAUUUUUAUUAUAAAACUUUAUUUUUAUUCAUUUAUGGGUACAGAUAU